AAAUUAGAAAAAUGUCCGGCGUAAAUCUCGCCGAUUCAGUGACAGAAAACCAGGUGACAGAAAUCGAGGAGAUAAAAAAUACACCAGAAGUAAAUAACAACCCCAGUCUUAAACUUGUAAAUACAGAAGGCGAAAUAGCUGUAGUUGACGUUGAUAAAACUCCUUGUCAAGAAAAAUGUUCCGAGUGUAAUCAAGACUGUAAAACAGCAAAAGCAUGUUUAACUCAAUGCUCUAAUACAAAAGAGUUGAAACAUGAAGAUAUAUUAGAAAAUUUUUGGGUGGAAAAUAAUUACAAAAAAGUUGUCAAACGUAUUGAGGAUGGAGUGCAUACAAUUGAUGAUCUCUCAAAAAUGGUUGAGGAAAGGAGCGCGAUUGAAAGCUUUUACGGAAACAAGUUAAAAGGCUGGUCGCUAAAGUGGUUUGACACGUUUAACAGGUAUUGUGAGUCUAAUAUAAUAAAUCAAGCAUUGAAAAAAAGUUUUGAUGAAGUUGAUUCGUUAGCCACUUUGCAGUUAUCCAUUUCUUCAAAAUUGGAAGCACUAUCAAACAAUAUUGUUGAAUUGAAAAAUACUACAUACUGCAAACAGUUUACAAAGCUGAAAGAAGUUAAAAGAAGUGAAGAAGCUUUUGCUAAAGCUCAAAAACCCUGGGUUAUAAAAUCAAAUGAAGUAUUAAAGUGCAUGAUUGCUUAUCAUAAUGCUGGCGACUCAUUGGAUGCUGUCUUGAAAAUAAAUAAUAUAAAAGCUGUUUCAGAUGUUCCAGAUGACCAAAAGAGAUUAAAAGAUAAACUACGUAAACUUGAAGAGGAAGUAUCAAUAACUCGUGGAAAGUACGAAGAAGCAAUAAGAGAUAUUAGCAACUAUAAUCCAAAAUAUCAAGAUGACAUGAGAUACGAGUUUAACAAUUGUCAAACAUUCGAAGAAGCUCGAAAAAACUUUGUCAAAGAAAGUCUUUUAAAUUACCAAGCAUGUUUAAACCGAACAAGCGCAUUUGAAAUCAUAUACAACCAGCUAAAGCGAGAUUACGAAACAAUAGAUGUUGACCAAGACAAUAAAUUAUACCAAGCAAAGUUCGGAGAUGAGCAUCCUUUUGAAACUGAUAAAUUUAUAGACUAUCAAUCAACUCUACGCCAAGAUCUUAUUAAAUACGAUGUUAAUCAAAACUCCAAAAAAAGUGGCGUUUGUAUGAUAUUAUAA